AUGUCCGCUGCCACUCGCCUACGCCGUCUUGACGAAUCAGCAACGAUUACAGUAUUUGAAAAAGGACCUUACACUAGCUACGCGAACUGCGGCAUACCUUAUGCUCUGAGCAAGGUAAUAAAAGAUGAUGCGGCUCUAAUUUUACAUACACCAAAGUACUUCAAGGAGUAUUUCAACGUCGAUGUUUACCUCAACACCGAAGUUGUUGAGAUUGACCGCAUAAACGAGCAAGUCUGCACGCGAAUUGUUGGAGAGGCUGAGAUCCGGCGAGUCGACUAUGACAAGCUCAUUCUAUCCCAAGGCGCAGAAGCUGUGCAGCCGCAGAUCGAUGGAGUAGAUCAGAGUCAUGUGGUCACUCUCCGGACUAUAUCGGAUCUGCAAGCCAUUAGAACUAUGAUGCUCAAACGAUGCCUGAGAGAUGUUUGUAUCAUUGGAGGUGGAUUCAUUUGUCUUGAAGCGGCCGAAAACUUGCGAAAGAUAAAGUUCGGGGUUUCAAUCAUUGAACAAUCGGCCCACGUCUUGCCUCCAAUCGAUGCCGAUAUCGCGCAGGUUCUUCACACAGAGCUGAAGCGCAAUGGUGUAAAAUUAUACCUAAAUGAUACUGCAAGGAGGAUCGAACACUCCCAUGUCGUUUUGGCUAGCAAUGGAAGAGAGAUCCCUGCCGACUUGGUCAUUCUAGCUGUUGGAGUAAGGGCGAGAACAUCACUGGCAAAGCUGGCGAGCCUAGAAAUAGGGGCACAGGGAGUUAAGGUUGAAUCACACAUGGAAACAUCCGACGAAGACAUAUACGCUGUAGGAGAUAUGGUUGAGACGAAGCAUAUCAUUCAACAACAGCCCGGGGUAGUUGCUUUAGGGGGGCCAGCAAAUCGACAGGGUCGAAUCGCCGCAGAUGAUAUAGCUGGCAGGCCGGUGUGCUAUCGCGGUAAUAUCGGCGCAGUUAUCUGCCAGGUCUUUGAUUUAUCAGUCGGGUUAGCGGGUCUAUCCGUCUCAGCACUCCGUUAUUUAGGGCAAGACCCACUUUAUGUUACAGUGCACCCUCCAAACCAUGCAAGCUAUUAUCCCAACGCUUCUCCAAUUACGAUUAAAACAGCUUUCGAAAAAAGCACGGGCUGUAUUCUGGGAGUGCAAGCGGUGGGAAUAGCUGGUGUGGAUAAGCGCAUUGACGUCCUGGCGACCGCGAUGCAAGCUAGGAUGACUGUCUUUGACCUGGAACAUCUUGAACUGAGCUACGCACCGCCCUAUGGCUCGGCUAAAGAUCCUGUGAACAUGGUUGGAUUUGUUGGCUCGAAUUUACUCCGCGGGGACUAUCAGAUUAUACAUGCCGAAGAUAUUAACAUCAAAAAUCUAAAAGCCUGGCAAGUCGUGGAUGUUCGCUCACCCGAAGAGUUCGCAACGGGUCAUCUCCCAGGGGCAAUUAACCUGCCAAUUAACACAUUGCGCAAUCAGUUAUCUAAGAUUGAUAAAUCUACUCCUACUCUUGUGUAUUGCUACAUAGGUUACCGAGGAUACUUAGCUUACCGUAUUCUUAGUCAGAGGGGAUUUAGUGUAGUAAACCUCGACGGCGGAUUAAAAACAGUAGUGGAAGGGGGAAUUAAGCUAUAA